CACUUCGACAGCAACAUCCACCAUGCCGCACAGCAUCAGCGAGUCGCAAGGCGACGGCGACGAAACUCCUACCAGGCUGCCCUUUCCGCCAGUCACCAAGAAGCACAUCCUCAACUGCUCAUACCAUUCCUGGCACCCGAAAUAUCGCACUCUCACACCAAAGACGCGCCUUGUGCCCCUCACAAGACCUUUCGUCGACUACCUACGCGCCGAUGGAAUCGUUCUACCAGAAGACGACGACCCACCAGCUCAGAUGACCUCAGACACCGAUAGCGCCUAUGUUUCCGCCUCCGAUAAUCCCGAUGCCAACGACGAUGACGAGGACGAAGAUCCUUCGGCUCAGUGGCGAGAGGUACACCGCGCGAUUCGAGCAACGAUUGAAGAGUUGGGCGGGGCUGUCAUGCCAAAGUUAAAUUGGUCUGCACCCAAAGACGCAACCUACAUGAACGCCAACACAAUGAAGUGUCACAAGCCAAGUGACAUUUACCUCCUUCUCAAGAGUUCGGAUUUCAUUACACAUGACCUAGAGCACGCCUAUGAUGACUGUGUGGAUGCUUCAGAAGGGGAACAACUGAGUGAGGACGACAUCCCAUACCACCUCGUCCUCCGCAAGGCGAACCCACAUUGGAACCCAUCCGUCGAGUUUCGCUGUUUCGUCAGAGACAGAAAGCUGCUGUGCAUCUCACAGCGGGACAUGAAUUACUACCAAUUUCUUCACAAGAUGCAGGACAAGAUUCAGUCGUUGAUCAGGGAAUUCUUCGAAAUCCGACUUCAAAACACAUUCGAGGACGAUAGCUUCGUGUUCGACGUCUACAUCCCACAAACUUACGAUCGCGUCUGGCUAGUUGACAUCAAUCCGUGGGCUUCAAGAACAGAUCCGCUGCUGUACAGUUGGCAAGAGCUGCUUGAGAUGGACGCGCCACUUGAGGAGCCCGAGGAUGAACUUCUGCAAGGCGGCUUUGUCCGACUUUCCAUCGAUCCAGCGAAGCGACAGCAAAUGAUGGAUAUCCUUGCCAAACAGGAGGCCGAGAUGCAGGCAAGUGAAUCAGUCGAGCACGCCGAGGACAGCGAGGACGAAGACUCGGCCGAGGAAGACCUCUACCUCCCGGAGUUGCGUCUCGUACACCCAGAAGAUCCAGAAGCCGCGAUGUUCUCCAGUACCCAGUACAGCGCACACAAGAUGCCGAAAGACGUUGUCGAUGCCAGCCAGUCAGGUAAUGGUCUGGCAGAUUUUGCGAAGGAAUGGGAGAAGAUUUUGGCUGAUCGUCAGCGCGCUGAUGCUGCGUAUGACAGUGGUGACGAUGCUACUUGAACGAAUUGACGAAGUUACGAUAUCAUGGUAAGAAGACCCCUAGUUCCCUUUUUCUCUCUAGCGUUCGGCAUUGCAAGGCGAAAGCAUCAGGGCGGCGGCGGCAGAGGUUUCAGAGUUUGAAGUGGGCAAUACAUAGCUGGAGGCGACUCAAAGGGUUGGAAUCGCACGAUGUCGCUCGACCCACGACCAAGAACAGGCUGAGGCAUACGCAUAUUGGUGGCACAUUGGCAAGAGCUCUGCGUCUCAGCUCUUACAGCAAAUUGGAAGGGAGACGUGAUGGCUCAGUAGAGCAAUGCAGCAGGCCGCGGAGCCAAGGCAGGCGCAAUAUGGCAAAAGCUCUAAUGAAUGAACGCAGUCCAUUCGAGCGCUGUCAUCUUCUCUCGUCCUCCCUGACGGCGCUACCCCUAGACUUUGGACCUCUGUUCGGUCCUCUCGAAGCACCUAUGGUCGUAUCACCUCACUUCGCUUGACCGACGUUGACACUAGCAGGCGCGUCCUGCAUCUCGAAUGCACGCGCAGCAUAACGCGCAUCGCCAAGCAAACCAAACAGAAUGAACGC